AAUACGAAGACAAAAGAUUUUAGGUCUUUUUCUGUCAAGUUUAAUCUAUUGACAAAACACAGCUGAGCCUGAUUUUGAUUUGAUUUAAUUUGUUUAAUUUUUGAUGAAAUUGACGAUUUCAUUUUCAAUUUAGUGAGUCACUCUAGGCAAGCGCAUCAAUGGCUUUCGUAGUCAAUGACGUGGAUAUCUCCCCAACUGAACGGUCGCUGCUGUACGACAAACACAUUGAGUACAUUGCUAAUCACGGCAACGACAAAAAUGAUUUCGAGUAUUGCAUGACAGAAUUUCUUCGGAUGUCCGGUGUGUAUUGGGGCGUAACAGCAUUGGAUAUACUCGGCCAAUUGUCCAAACUGAACAAGGACGAGAUCAUCGAUUUUGUGAAAAAGUGUCAGUGCUCGGUCACUGGUGGAUUUUCACCGUGCGAAGGACACGAUCCGCAUAUUUUGUACACACUAAGUGCUAUACAGAUUCUGUGCAUUUACGAUGCCUUGGAUGAAGUUGACCUAGAAGCAGUUGCCAAAUACGUUGCAUCAUUACAACAACCCGAUGGAAGUUUUUUCGGUGAUAAAUGGGGUGAAAUUGAUACACGAUUCUCGUUCUGUGCCGUUGCCAUACUCGCGCUGAUUAAUAGACCACAAGUCAUCAAUGUUGACCGAGCAGUGGAUUUUGUCAUGUCCUGUUGCAACGCUGACGGCGGUUUCGGAUCAAAACCUAACGCCGAAAGUCAUGCCGGACUGAUAUAUUGUUGUGUGGCAUUUUUGUCCGUCACACAUCAGUUGCAUCGUUUGGAUAGCGAAAAGCUGUGCUGGUGGCUGUGUGAACGACAAUUGCCGAGCGGUGGACUGAACGGACGACCGGAGAAAUUGCCAGAUGUUUGCUAUUCGUGGUGGGUGUUGGCAUCGCUGACCAUUAUGGGUCGAUUGCAUUGGAUCAGUGCUGAUAAGCUGGAACAGUUCAUUUUGUCGAGUCAAGACAGUGAAACAGGUGGAUUUAGUGAUCGGACCGGAAAUCUGCCCGACAUUUUCCACACAUUAUUCGGUUUGGCUGCAUUAUCGCUGUUAGGUUACGACAAAUUAGGUAAAAUUAAUCCAACGUUGUGCAUGCCACAGCAUGUCAUGGACAGAUUGAAUGUAAAACUUCAGAUUCUAUGAAAUCAGUCGAUGAUAUGUGUGCCGUUCAGGUAAUUAUUUGUCGUACGAUCGACACGUCGUGUUUUUUCCUUCAUUCAAUUUACUUCAAGUUUGCAAUGUUACAAAGCGUUUACAGUUAGCGUCACUGAAAUAAAAGACAAUUCCGCAAUAAAAUUCCAUUUUUAUUUCGA